AUGUCAACAGAAAUCGAUGUGAAAGCGAUAGUGUCUCACAUAUUACGGGGCGACGGUUUGGAAAAAUGCCGUAUAUGUAUGGGAAAUACAAGUGCUGGUCUCGUCUUAUUGACCGAUUCAGUCAUGACGGACGCAGGAAAACCCAUAACAUUAUGCGAAAUACUCGAAGCAAUCACAGGGACACCGGUGGAAAAAGGCUCUUGCUUACCAUAUGGAUUAUGUUCUUCCUGUUCAAAAAAGGCAACUUCACAUUGGAGCUUUAGACAAACAUGUCUUGAUUCCUUUAAUAAAUGGUCUAGGGCAAGCUCCCUCUUACAUGACAGUCACAAUGAUAACAGUGGCUCAUUGUUUAUUCACUUUGAUCAGAAAACUUAUGUUAAAUACCAUAAAGAAGUACAAAAUCCUUCAUUAGCAGCAACAAGGCUUAAUGCUAUAAUUGAAACCUGCAAAACUGGACAUUUAAGUAAGGUGACAUACAAACAUCUAAGCUGCACCGAUUGUGGCAAAAGCUUCUGCACAAUUGCACAAUGGAAUCGGCAUAUGAGAAAUACUGUGCAGCGAAUUUGUGAGGUCUGCCACAAGAUAUUACCUAAACAGAAGCUGCCGAAGCACUUAAGAGCACAUAAUAUAAAAGUGCAUGCUUGUACCUUCUGCUAUGCAGUAUUUUACAAUGACCAAGAUCUCUUAGCCCAUAAAGCUGAGUUCCACUGUAUCAGAAAUGUAACUUGCAAGGUCUGUGGCCUUGGCUACAAGAGCCAAAGAUCACUAAGCGCGCAUAUGUACUCACACAAAACGUAUACUUGCGCAAAAUGCGAAACUACCCUCAACAAUCUCCCCUGUUACAGAUACCACAAAGAUCAAUGCGAUAAUAAUAACAAAUGUUUUUAUGCGUGUGAGCAUUGCGGUGUUAUGUACAAUAGGAAACAGUCUCUACGUUCUCACGUGAAGCAGAAGCAUCUAAAUGUCAAACCUUUUAAAUGUAGUUACUGCGAAAAGCGGUGUUCGACGAAACGUCAUCUCCAAGAUCAUGAAACUACCCACAAUGCAAUGAGAAGGGUGUACAAAUGCUUCUGUGGUGCUAAGAUGCGGACGGAGAAAGGGUUUACCCUGCAUCAGAGAAUACAUACGGGGGAGAAGCCGUAUAAGUGUACAGAAUGUGGUGAAACGUUCUUAUCUGCAUCUAGAAGAAAAGACCACAUCAAUAGGAAACAUAUGGAGCUGAUAGAUAUGCCGCACGGUUGUAGUCUAUGUGCGGCUAGGUUUAUACGACCCUCGGAGCUAAAGAAACAUAUUGUAACCACUCAUUGA